CAGCGGGGCCGCCCCGCGCCGCCGCCGCCGGGGCGCACCAUGUGGUGGGACGAGCGGGUGUCGGCGCGGUUCCGGAGGAACCUGCAGCCCACCCUCACCUACUGGAGCGUCUUCUUCAGCUUCGGCCUCUGCAUCGCCUUCCUGGGGCCCACGCUGCUGGACCUGCGCUGCCAGACCCAGAGCUCGCUCUCGCAGAUCACCUGGGUGUUCUUCUCGCAGCAGUUCUGCCUCCUGCUCGGCAGCUGCCUCGGAGGGGUCUUCAAGAGGACGCUGUCCCAGUCGCUGCUGGCCCUGUUUGCCUCGUCCCUGGCCAUCUCCCUGGUGUUUGCCAUCAUCCCUCUGUGCCACAACGUGGUGGUGCUGGCCGUGGUGAUGGCCGUGGCCGGGCUGGCCAUGGGCUGCAUCGACACCAUCUCCAACAUGCAGCUGGUCAAGAUCUACCAGAAGGACUCUGCCAUCUUCCUGCAGGCCCUGCACUUUUUUGUGGGUUUUGGGGCUCUGCUGAGCCCCCUGAUCGCCGACCCCUUCCUGUCUGACACCAACUGCAUCCUGGCCAACGGCACAGCCAACGCCUCCAGCAACCUCCCGCACAUCCGCAAGUCCCUGGUGCCGCACCACCCCGGCAACCUGUCCCACUACGAGCUGCCCAUCAAGGGCAUGGUGGUGACACGCGUGUCCUACGCCUUCUGGAUCAUGGCCCUCAUCAAUCUGCCCGUGCCCAUCGCUGUGUUCUUCCUGCUCUACAAGGAGCGCAUGGUGCCCUGCUUCAACGGCAGCAGCCACCCGCUGCUGUCAGCGGACGAGCUGGCCCUGGAGACACGGCCUGGGGACAAGGACGAGCUCUCCAGCGCUGCCCAGAGACCCCAGCAGGCUGCAGGUCACCAGGAUUUGUUCAGCUGCUGCCAAAGCAAGAAUUUCCAAGGGGCUUCCUUCACCUAUUUCGCCGUGCACAUCACCGGGGCUCUGGUUCUCUUCAUGACUGAUGGCAUCGUGGGAGAGUACUCUGGCUUCGUGUACAGCUACGCCGUGGAGGAGCCGCUGGCCGUGGUGCACAAGGUGGCCGGGUACCUGCCCAGCCUUUUCUGGGGCUUCAUCACCCUGGGCAGGCUCAUCUCCAUCCCUGUGUCCUACAGGAUGAAGCCAGCCACCAUGGUCUUCAUCAACGUGGUCGGGGUCCUCAUCACCUUCCUGCUGCUCCUGAUUUUCUCCUCCAGCGUGGUUUUCCUGUUUGUGGGCACGGCGUCCCUGGGGCUGUUCCUCAGCAGCACCUUCCCCAGCAUGCUGGCCUACACCGAGGACAUCCUGCACUACAAAGGCUGUGCCACGACCGUGCUGGUGACAGGAGCUGGCAUUGGAGAGAUGGUGCUGCAGCUGCUGGUGGGCUCGAUUAUCCAUGAUCGAGGCAGCUACAGUUUCCUGGUGUGUGGGAUGAUUUUUGGGUGCCUGGCCUUUACCUUCUAUGCCCUGCUGGUGCUUUUCCACAGGAUGUACCCCGAGCCCUCCCCAGAGCUGGACGAGGCCUCCCCCGGCAGAGCAGCAGAGCCCGAGGACACGGGGCAGUACCAGCGCUGAGCCCAGCUAAACCCGGCCUAACUAAACCGCACUCCCGAGGCUGAGCUCACUUCUCACCCACUGACCCGACAGCACAGCAGGUGGGGGAAGGCAGAACGGAGCAAACCCAGCCCAAAAUGUCCAGCUGAGCACGGGCUUGUGCCAAAAAUGAAAAGGCUGGGAGUGCCAGGCUGAGCCUGGGACAGAACGCAGGGAUUUGCACAGCGAUUCCUCCUGGAAAUGAAGAAUUUUUAUUUUUUACCUGCUCAGGACAGAGGGUGGGAAGGAAAAGCUGCUCUCUGCUCCUCACCCAAGACUGAAUGUCUCCUUGGUCACUGCAUUGAAUCAUUUUAUUUUUUGCCUGUGGUGCACAGGAUUCCCCCCUGGAAUUUACAGCACAAUCCUGGGUUUUAAAUUCAUUUUUUGUGACUCGAGUCAGCGCCACCUCCCUGGGGGAAAGUUCCAGAGUCCCUCCAGGUGCACACAGGUAGCAGGGCCUGUCUCUAUUUGCACACUUAAUUCCUGUAUAUUCCACACUCUGAACAGUGUCUUACUCAGCAUGCUCAGGCCUCUGAAAUAAUUUUAAAUGAUCAUUUGCUUUUUCUUUUUUUUUGUGUGUGUGUGGUUUAUUUUUUUUUGUUUUGUUG